AUGGAAUCUACAAAAAAACGUGAUUGGGAGAGAGACGAUCGGAAAAUGGAGUCCAUCGCCGGAGACUCCACUUCACCUUACAAGCUGUUGUUCAGAGCCCUAACGCUCAUACCUAUCUCUCACUACCUCCUAUUAGUGUUUUUCGUUUUCGUUGUUUUUGUAUACAAUCUACUCGAGAUUCAUAUCGUUCAGGACUUUUUCGGUGGGUUUGGAGGUGAUUCUGUAUCUCUUACGUUCCAUUCUUCAUCUGAUUUGUACAGAGAAGUCGUAUCCAAGUGUCAUCUGCUUCAUGGAAGAUAUUUUUCCACUCCAUGGCUUUCUAGUCCGCAUCUUCAGACUAUUUUGCUCAAUGUUUUAAUUAAGACUCCUAAAUUCAGCUACAAAAGAGAGAUAUUUCGUACUUCUGAUGGUGGAACAGUAGCAUUGGAUUGGUUGAUGAAUUCUGAUGUUAUAGAGACAAGCGCUCAAGUCAAUGGAACCAAUACAGUUGCUGAUAUUCCUCUUGUGAUAUUGAUUCCUGGCUUAACAAGUGAUUCUGCUUCCCCUUAUAUGAAGGAGAUUGCAUACAAGAUGGCAAAACAUGGAUGGAAUAUUGUUGUAUGCAACCAUCGAGGCCUAGGAGGCGUUCCACUAACUUCUGACUGUUUCUACACUGCAGGAAAGUCAGAUGAUUUAGGCGAAGUAGUGAAAUAUCUAUAUCACAAACAACCUGAUACUCCCAUAUAUGCUGUUGGAACUAGCCUUGGUGCCAAUAUUUUGGUAAAAUAUCUUGGUGAAGAAGGGGAUAAUGUACCUCUUGCAGGGGCUGCAUCCAUCAGUAAUCCUUGGGACCUUUUGAUUGGUGAUAGAUUCUUCACUCGUGGGAUUAUGCAGAGGUUCUACAAUAGAGUUAUGGGGAAUAACUUGAAAGGAGCUGCCAAGUUGCAUCAGGAAGUCUAUGCUCGCCUUUCCGAUUGGGAAGGAAUUGAAAAGGCAUGUUCUAUUCGAGAAUUCAAUAAUUACUCUGCUCGAAUUGCUGGAAAUUUUGAUGCAGUUGAUUCAUUUCAUAGAUGGGCUAGCAGUGCUCGUUUGGUUAACAAUGUAUCAGUGCCACUUCUAUGCCUCAAUGCCAUAGAUGAUCCCGUCUGCACUGAUGAAGCCAUUCCUUGGGAUGAGUGUCGGAAGAAUAAAAAUAUUGUUCUUGCUACCACACAACAUGGAGGACACAUUGCAUUUUUUGAAGGAAUGUCAGGAAAAAGCUUGUGGUGGAUAAGAGUUGUUGAAGAAUACCUCUCUAAUCUGCACUCAAGCAUGCCAAUGAGCAAAAAGCAGGCGCAAAAGUUUGCAUACUCAUCAUUUGAGACUCCACAGUUUCACGAAUCGCUUUCUUAAGACAAUUAGAGAACAAGUAAUCAUUUUAGGUUCCACUGAGUUCUGCUUAUUGUGAUUCAGCUUGUCUGUUACAACAAGAAAUUCGAUUUGUUAGUGUACAUGCAUAUUGUAUGUAUAUGUAUUUGUCUUAGCCCAUGUAUUAUUGUUUGUAUCGUUGUAUGUAGUGUAGGCCUGGCACAUGGCCCAUAUUAUAAAUACACAUCUACUCUUUCAUUUGAAGUGAAGGAGAGUAAUCUCCAAUAUGGAAAUUACCUAAGUUUCCUAAUUUCUUUCCCCUCUCUCUCUCUCUCUC